AUGACUCUGAACAUGACAACCGCUCACAAGGAUCCUCCCACCGUCGAGGAGGUUGAAAAACGGAUCAAAAGUAUAGUCUUUCCAAAAAGAAUCCGCAUUCAAGAGUUUAUCCGAAGGUUUGACCAGUUGCAUCACAGGGUAGUAGGGCAGCAGCAAUUUGUGCGAGCUCUUGAUCAGUGUGGGGUGGUCUUGGACCUUGAGGAAGCAGAGGCGCUGUGCCACGCGUAUGCUGACGAGAAGACUGGCGGGGUCCGCUACUAUGACUUCUGUAACAGCAUAAAUACAGUUUUCAGAGUGACGCAAGCAGAAGAGAACCCUCAGCUUGAGCCGCCUCAUCCAGGCGCGUGCCUUCCUCCUCCGUUUACGCCAAAACCUCUCGCCGAGGAUAAGCGAAACCUCCUGGCAGAUAUCAUGCAUCGGCUCGCACUGCUAACGAAGACCCGUGGCAUUGUUUUCAAGUAUUGCUACCGAGAUUUCGAUAAGCUUCGAAGCGGUUACGUCUCUCGAGCGGUCUUCAGGAGGAAAUUUCCCUUCGAAUUUGCCGAAGGAAAAUUCACAGAGGAGGAAAUUGCCAUCGUUGCUGACCAUUUCAGCAGAGAAGACACAGACGUCAACUAUAUGUUCAUCCAUAAUAUCCUGAAGGAAAAGGUGACGGAUCACUGCCUUCCGUUUGCAACCUCCCCCUACGUCCCUCGUCCCUCAACUCGUCAUUGGGAGCAUGAAGAUUUGGUCCCGGAACGCAAAAUUCAGGAAGACUGGGAUUACUUGGUGGAGAAGUACUCUCGCGGCGAUGGAAUGUUCAACUACGCGGCGCUCUGCAGAGCAGUCAACAAAGCCUUUACAAUUGAGGAUCUGGAUAAACACCCUCUUAAGAGGGUAAAUAUGCCAGGGAACGCAGUCACAGAACCUGCUCAAAGAAAUCGCAUUCGCAUUCUUGCACAGGAAGAGGCCGAGAUCAAGAAUGUAGAACAAGUAAUACGGACGAAAGUCGCUCAGACUCGGAAAGCUAUCAAGCCAACCUUUCAGGACUUUGAUAAACAGAGGACGAUGCACGUGUCAAAGUCGCAACUGUCCAGAAUUAUGAGCAUGCUGGGGUUGCCUUUAUCAGAAAGAGAACUGUCGCUGCUCUGCCUUCGCUACUGCGACAAAGGGAACGAAAAUGAUUUCAAUUAUUUGGAAUUCGUCCGCUCAGUAGAUGUGCAAGACGAGCCCCAACCAGACGACCGUACGAUUACAGACACUCUUGGGUCCGUAUAUUUUACUGGAAGAGGUGAGAGCCCCCGGUGUAUACACCGGCCGCACAAAUAA